AUGAUGUUGAUCCGAUUAUGUCAGUGCAAUUCUCAAAUCAUACAGGCAAGAUACCCAACUUUCAAGGGGCAAGUUCUAAAUGGAAAACAACUUUGGGAGUUGAUAGAAGGCCUAGAAGCCAAUAAUCUACUAUACUACACACAUCUAUUGACAGGUUACAUUGGUUCAAUUUCUUUCUUGGAUAAUGUGUUAGAAGUAGUUAAAAAGCUUCGAUCCAUCAAUACUACACUUACAUAUGUUUGUGAUCCAGUUAUGGGUGAUGAAGGAAAGUUGUAUGCCCCUCAAGAAUUGGUGUUUGUAUAUCGUGAAAAGGUUGUCCCUGUUGCUUCAAUGUUGAUUCCCAUUCAGUUUGAAGCUGAACAAUUGACUGGAUUCAGAAUUGCAUCUGAGGAAGAUGGGCGAGAAGCAUGCAAACAUCUUCAUGCAGUUGGUCCAUCAAAGGUUGUGAUAACAAGCAUAUCCAUAGAUGUCAAUCUUCUUCUAAUCGGAAGUCAUCAGAAAGUAAAGGAUCAAUCUCCUGUGCAAUUCAAGAUUGUCAUUGUAACGCCCGUAGAUCCGGGCUAUUCAAUUUAGAGACGAUAAGCAUCAAAAAUGACUUUUUGAUGGAAGAUUAUUUAGAGGGAUUAAUCUUAACUAAGUUGUAGUAUAUGUUACAAGGAUUCCGUACAUAUAAAGAACGCCGAAAUCCGAGUUAUAACGAAGAAGUUAUGACAUGUCGAAGUUUCGCGAUAGA